AUGGCACUGGACUUGCCGCAGUGGCUCUAUGACAUCUCGGCGCUGCCCAAUGGCUACGUGCUUCUGGGGCUCUUCGGGCCCUGCACCACGCCGAGCUUCGAGCAGAAGAGGCGCACCGUAUGCCUCGGAGAGGAUACGGAUGCUCUCAAAGGCCGCAACGACCUGUUCCGGCACGGGGACGAGUGGGAGCAGCAGCGGGGUAGGAGGUUCGAAUAUUUCAUCUACACAGAUGACAACGGGGAGUUCAACUUCACCCAGGACUGCACCCCCAGUUUCUGCGGGGAUGCGGCGCUGCUGCCGCAGGCGGGGGAGCUGCCUGGGGAGUUCUUCCAGCGCUUGCUGCUGGAGGAGCAGCCGGCGGUCGCCUCCCCCAUCAUCGUGGAGAAGAAGUGCCAGCCGGGGAGCAUGCGAAUCUGUACGCCGCACAUCGACUGCAAGUCGGUGGCGUACCACUGGUCCGCCCGCGGCAUGUUGGCACGGUACAUCGAGGAGUUCUCGACAGUGUCGCUCUUUGCGGGCACGACCUGCUUGCUGCAGGAGUUGCUGGAAUCUGCUUUCGAAGGAUACAGCUGGGUCUACCGCAUGUUCCAGCGCACUGGCAAUGCCACCAGAUUCAUGAAGCACCGGGGGCACUACAUUCGCAACCUCCACCCCUGCCUGCCCCGGAAGACGCCGGAGGGCGAGUUCCAAGACAGCGCCCUGGUGUCUUGGCUGAGGCCACAGCUCACCAGCUGCGCCUCCAGGAACCUCGGGCCCGCUGCUGAGCUGCAGAGGGGCUGUGGUGGAGUCUGCCAGAGGCCGCCCAAGGACGUCAACUACUCGGCCUUUCCUUGCCUGCCGUGGGCCAGCAUUGGCUCGGAGGAUUACUGCCGGCCGAAGCCCGUUGGGCAGAAGCCGCCGCGGUCCAAAGUCUGGGUGACUGAGGGGCUGGUGGGCAUGCUGGGCUAUGGUCUUCCGGACCUGCCAGAAGAGACCAACUCUUCAAGGGACCAGAUCUGCCGCCUGGGCCGAAACAACUUGGCCGCGCUGGCGAGGCUCUUCCACGGCCCUUUCCAGCGAAAGAGUCCUCACGUCCAAGCCCUGGUGGCGGCGGUGCAAGACCUGCACCGGGAGGAUUGCCACGAGCUGUGCUCCGCCGUGAUCAUGGGCGCCGGCGCCUUGGCCUUCCGCGAGGGCAUCAGCCGAGCUUCUGACGUUGCGGGCAUUCGUGUCUCCUGCAGGUUCGCAUUCUUGCGGGUGUGGUCCAUCAUGGACCUGCUGGGCGCUGGCUGGGUCUCUCUCUUCGAGCUGGCGCAGCGGGAGGCCGAAAGCUCGUGGCCCGCGGCGCCGCGCUUCGAGGACCUGGGGGAGAUCAAGGAGAUCCUCCGGCGAAUUCCGGUGCAGCACUGGCAGAGGAUCUCCCAAAGUGCUGACGAAGCACACUGGUCCUGCGAUGUACGAACUGCGGUGGAGCUGCUGCUGCAAGCAUCAGAGGAUGACAAGUGGCGCGCUGGAUUCAUCCAUGCAGCUCAAAUAUAUUUGUUCAGCUGUGAGUUCGAAACGCUGAUCCACCCCGGCAUGGCCGUGGUUUGGGCCUUGGUGGUGAAGCUGGGCCACAUGGGCGUGAACGCCUCGCUGCCUCCCGCCUGCGGAGCUGAAAGGUUGUUCAAGGCGCCGCGAAGGCCGUGCACGUUGAAAGAGUUGCUGAAAGGACUGACUGCUGUGGAGUCUAGCCUUGUCAUGCUGCUGCUUUUGCUGUAG